AUAAGUCAUUCAAUAAAUCACGUGGUUCGAAGUGUGAAAACUUUUCUAUUCUAAAGUCAAUAAAUAAUUGAAAACUGGUAUAGAAAUAAUUGUUUUCUAUUUAUUUCAAAAGUAAUUAUCGGUAUUUUACAACAGAAUGAUGACUGUAAAGGAACUCCCGGAGUUACAAAUAUUCAAAACUAUUCUUUAUUAUUGUGCAUAUAUAAUUUUUCUACCCAUCACAUCUUUUUUUGCAACUAAGAUAUUUAUUUUUGAUGGCUUGUUAGGUUUGAAUAGUAUUCCAAGUAAUGUUUAUGCUGCAAUAUUUUCUAUCCUGGUAUUACAUGGUGCCCUAGGAGUAUUUAUUUACAAAGCAUAUUCAGAAAGUCAAAGCAAAGCACCAUCUAAAACUGAUUAAUUUAUUCAAAAUAAUAUGUUUCCUAAAUUUUUGUAAAAAUAAUAACUAUCACUUUUGAUAUCAAUAGUGAACAGGAUACGGAUUGGUAGAGCAUUUCUUAACUUUUUUUGUUUUUUCAAUAGAAUAUAAAGAACUUAUAAUUUACCAUUGUAAAAAUGAUAUAUUUAAUAUAUUAUAUUUUUAUAUUAUUUUAGGCUGUAAGCAAAAAAAUGUCAACACGCUUACUUAAUUAAGCAAAGAUAUUACAUAUUACAAGUAUUUCUCUUGCAUCAAAUAAUAAAUGUAUCAACUCUAUAAAAUUCGUAAACGAUUAAUUAUAAUUCAACCUACAUUGAUUGUUAUUUUAUUAUUUAAAUAAAAAGUACAUAGCAAACAAAAGCAAUGUACUUUCAACAAUUAAUUUAUUAUUUAUUCAGCAGAGAUAAUCACAUUUUAGUACUAUUCUGUAAAUUGUACAUAAAUUAUUCAAAUUAUUGUAAAAUGUAAAAUUAAUGUUGAAAUGAUAAAAAAAAAAAUGUAUCUUAAUAAUUUAAAUAAAAAGUG